AUGGCCGCCUUGAUAUUAACAAGAUUGAUGAAUAAUGUCAAAAUUGCUCUUCAAAGCCAAGCGUCUUUGAAUACCUUCUAUUGGUCAGAUAGUCAAAUCGUACUCGCAUGGCUGAAGAAUGAUCAAACCUUCAAACAGUUUGUGAGCAAUCGCAUAAAGGAAAUCCUACAACUGACGUCACCUGAUAUGUGGAACUAUUGUCCGACAGCCACAAAUCCAGCCGACAUUGGAUCGCGUGGAUUACCAGCAACASAACUAAAGGAAAGCGAGUUAUGGUGGAAUGGACCGGACUGGAUUGCUAAGCCGCAGAGUUGGCCAAACCAAAAGCGAGAAGACAAGUUACUAUCAUCCGACGAUUAUCGAGAAGAGCUAAAGAAAGAAAAGACUACCUUGUUAAUCGACACAACUAGUGAGAGCUCAGUACCAAAUCUUCAAGGAAUUAUUGAUCCAACUGCAUACASCUCAGCGAACAAAUUAUUCAGAGUAACUGCUUAUGUAAUCAGAUUCGUCGACAACCUCAAAUCAAGRAAUCAACGUGGAAAGGAAAAUGACAUUGAAUUAAAMAGCACAGAAGUCCAACGAGCUGAAACYAUGUGGAUAAAAUGCGUCCAGAGAUCUCUAAAGAAAGAUAAGAACUUUGAACAACUUCAAACUCAACUUGGACUUUAUGAAGACACUGAAGGAAUCGUGCGAUGUAGAGGACGUAUUGGAAACUCAGAACUUAGAUUUGAAACCAAGUUUCCAAUCUUGAUGCCAAGAGAUCACCAUUUAACAACACUUAUUAUUUUGCAGUCACAUGAUAAAGUCUUUCAUCAUGGACUCAAGUCUACRCUGAACGAGUUCAGAUCGAAAUACUGGAUGAUAAAAGCGAAACAGAAGAUAAAGAUGAUGUUAUCACGUUGUACUACCUGUAGAAGAUUUGAAUCAAUCGCAUAUAAAUACCCACCGAAGACACACUUACCUGAAAGUCGAGUUAAAGGACAAACAGCAUUCUUGAACAUUGGAACUGAUCUAGCUGGCCCGCUAUUUGCUAGAAAUACAUUGAAGGAAAAGACUGCAUUCAAAGUAUGGAUCGUGAUAUUCACCUGUACACUAUCAAGAGCCGUUCAUUUAGAGAUAAUGAGGGGCAUGAACGUUGAACAAUUUUUAAUGRMAUUUAGACGAUUCGUGAGUCGACGAGGCACGCCCGCGUUAAUUAUAAGUGACAAUGCCAAAAGCUUCAAGUCUGCCGAUUCAAGAUUGAAAUCCUUGUACAGACAACCCGAAGUAAAACGAUACCUUKCAGGAAAACGCAUCGAAUGGAAAAGUAUUUUACCCAAGGCACCAUGGCAAGGAGGAUUUUACGAAAGACUUAUCAAAACAGUAAAGCGAUGUCUGAAGAAAACCUUGCGGAACGCCAAGACGACUGUAGACGAAUUGUACACACUCUUGGUAGAGAUAGAACAAACAAUUAACAAUCGACCAUUAACUUACAUUAGCAUGGAGGAGUUUGAAACAYCGCUGACACCAUCUCAUCUAAUUUGUGGGAGAAGAUUAGACAGUCUACCUGAUGAAUGUGCCGACGAUAUAGAAACCAACAUUAGUGCUGAAGAUUUGACAAAGCGACAACAACAUCUCGGAAGUCUCAUUUCUCAUAGUUGGAAAAGAUGGAGGGAAGAUUACUUGGUACAGCUAAGAGAAACACAUGAUCUAACAGGAAAAAGAGGUGGAACUCACGUCAUUAAAGAAGGAGAUGUAGUAAUUGUACACGACAAKGACAAACCMAGAGGUCAAUGGAGAAUGGGAAAGGUUGUGAAGCUUCGAAAGAGCUCAGAUGACAAGAUACGUGGCGCAAGCCUACGCGUAGUUUCAAAGACAGGACGAKCAACCACCAUUAGUCGACCAGUAAACAAACUCUAUCCAUUAGAAGUCCAAGAUAUUGAACCAGAAACUGAUGAAAGACCCUUAGACACCACUCCAGAACUACCACAGAUAAUGGACAACMMCGAUAGUACUCAACAAAGAACGCGACCAAGACGCGCAGCAGCAAUUGAUGCUGACUUCAUGAGAAGAUUACGACUUUCACAGUGA